AUUUCAAUUCACGUCCUGAAAUGAUAUAGGUUAAAUGGAACUGACCCCAACUGUCUUUGGAUGGCAUUAAAAGCGAGCGGGCUCCUUCAUUGAUUUGCAAAAGCUGCUUUUACAAAAUAGUGUUAACACUUCAGGAAUGUACUUUCACCAUUUGGACUGAUCAAACGUCAGUAUUAUGUCGUUAAGUAGGGCACUUCCCUGGCCGUCCAUUGCUUAGACAAGCGGGUCUUUAUUUGCUCUUCGACCUGUAUGUUUCUUUCUUUUUAUUUCCGUAUUAUUAUACCUGCGCCAUACGUUCGCGUGUAGUAAUCGCUGCAAACAGUCGUACUCUUUGUAAGCCGUGCCGUAUUUGAAAACGUUUAAUUCAAAUUCAAAUCGACCGCAGCCCAAUGUGAGGAUAGACCAAGCGAACGCGCUCAUUUCAUUUUUCACAACCCCCCCGAAAAACGUCUGUCGAUGCCCCAAUGGAACACGCCGAGCGCAACCCGACGUACGGCUUACGCUGGGAGGCGUGGCAAGCAACGCCGAUCAAAUUCUAAAGAAAGGAGAGGACGGUUUGACCAGCUACGAAAACAAACCGUGAUCUCUGCAAAGGUUGAGCCAUGCCCAUCCGCCGUGCUGCUGGGACCCCCCCUCAGGAAACGCCCCCCAAGAGCAACCAAGACGGAGAUCCCGAUGCCAGUUCGGAGGAGUCUGUCUCAGCGGGGGAGGACCAGGAGGCAGAGGCCGCGCCCCCCGCAGACCCACCCAAGGAGGGGGAGGAGAGCGUAGCGCCUGAGGGGGGCGAUAAGGAGGAGGCGACGGGGGAGGCCCCCGAAAACGAAAAGCCUCCGGAGGAGCCCGCGGAGGACGGAGCGGCGGAGAAGGAGGGAGAAAAAGAUGCUGGGAAGGAGAAGGAGAAAGAGAAAGAGAAGGAGAAAGAAAAAGAGAAGGUGAAGAAAGUGAAGAGGACCAUCCCGUCCUGGGCCACCAUCUCGGCCAGCCGGAGAGCGCUGGUGCAGAAGUCGUCCUCCUCCCUGUACAACCAGCCCAAGAUGGACGACAUCCUCAUGGAGGCCAUAAAGGCCUGCAAACACAAGGCGUCCACCUACGCCAUCAGGAAGUACAUCCUGAAGACCUACGCCUCCAUGGAACUGGACCGACGGUCCUUCCUGCUGAAGAAGUCCCUCAAGAGGCUGCUGGAGAAGGGGGCCAUCAAACAGCUGAAGGGGAAAGGCUUUAGCGGAAGCUUCUCCAUCUGCAAGCAGCCCCAGAAACCUGCAGGCAAGAAGCCGGCUGCAGCUCCACCAGUGAAGACGGAGACAUUGGGCGACACCCUGCCACUGGUCAUGACCCACCUGUGUGAGCCCAAGGAGGCCUCGUACAUCCUCAUCAAGAAGUACCUGGAGCAGCACUUCCCCCAGCUUAACGUGGAGCAGAGACCUGACCUGCUGAAGAGUGCGCUCCAGAGAUCUGUGGACAAGGGCCUCCUGGAGCAGAUCACCGGCAAAGGCGCUUCUGGAACCUUUCAGAUCAGGCGCAGCACGGAGAAGCCCGCCCUUAAGGGGGGGCAGCUGGAGGAGGCCAUCCUGACCGCCAUCACGGCCAUGAACGAGCCCAAGACCUGCAGCACCUCCAUCAUGCGCAAGUUCCUCCUGGAGAAGCACAAGGACAGCCGAGCCUCCCUGCUGGUAAACAACCUGAAAAGGACACUGAAGACCUGCAAGAUGAGGGGCUGGAUGGAGCAGAUCUCCGGGAACGGCUUCAACGGGACCUACCAGCUCUGCUACCCCUUCUACCCCAGCCCAGCCCUCCUGUUCCCAGAGAAGCACAAACAGAAGGCGGAGGCCAAGCGCAAGAAGGAAAUUAAGGAGGAGUCGUCUGAUGAGGAGGAAGAGGACUCCGAUGAGGAGGAAGAUGAAGAUGAGGAGUCUGAAGAAGAGGAAUCGGAAUCAGAAGAUGAGCCUCCACCCAAAAGGAGGAAGCAGCAGCAGAAGAGGCCGCCACCAAAGGUGCGUCGCCCCCCUCCUGCCAAAAAGAGCCAGGCGCGCAGCCGGGGGGGUGCGAAGCAGGCAGCCCGGGCCAAGAAGCCCCCGCCCGCCAAAAAACGCUCCCCGCCUCCCGCUAAAAAAGCAGCCCCUCCCUCCAAGAGGAAAGCCCCCGCGGCGAAGAGGCCGGUCCCGGUGGCAAAGACCUCCGCAAAACCCGCCCCGCCGUCUAAAGCCGCCGCCAAGAAGCCGGUCCCCCCGCCCGCCAAGAAGCCCGCCGCCCCGCCCGCCAAGAAACCGGCCGCCCCGCCCGCCAAGGCCAAGACCCCGGCCAGGAAGAUGACCAGCCGCGCCCCGAAGAGGCUGACGCCCAAACGCCCCGCGCCCAAGGCCGCCGCCCCCAAAUCGGCCGUGAAGGCCAAGCCAGCCGCCCGCCGGUCCCGGAAGUCCCGGAAAUGAGCGUCACGACCCCCCCAGAGGUCAGGGGUCAGGGGUCAACUGUGGCAGCAGACUGCAGUGCGUUGGCAACUCUCUCCCCGCCAAUUUCUUUCUCCCGUUUUCUUUCCUUUGAAGUUUUACUCGGGGAAGCGAGGAGAGUGAUUACUGUCCCUGGCCGAUUUAAUUAACCGAUUGGAUGCUGUCACCAGAACGAGUAAAAAAAAAAAAUUAUAAAAAAUGACUCGUACUUUUGGCUAAAUUUUCAUAAUUUAAGACCAAUAUUUUUUUUCCUUUUUUUGUGCCGAUGUAAACCCUGAUCAUUUGAGGUAGUAUGUCCGGACGGCAGAAAGGUCUGUUUAGUGUUUUCUAUAUAUUUAGUGAUCUGAGCUCUGCAGUAAAGAGAUGCUUUUUUAGAGUAGAACACUUUUCUGUUUCCCAGUUAUUUUAUAUAUAGACUCGUCUUACUAACGCAUUCUUCCCCCUGAAGUACCGGUGUGUCUCUUGAGGAACAGAAAUGUAUUUUCUCCGCAGUUUUUAUGCAUGAUUCACUCACUCUCUAAGAAAGAAAAAAAAAAAAAGUCGCCAAAUCAACUUUAACGGCAUCUGUGAUUAUGUGGACGGGUUACUCAAAUCACUGUCCGGUUUUUUUCCCUUUUUUUCUAAAACUUUUUUAAUGUAGUCCCAAAAGCAUGUAUUUUGAUAGAACUCUUUGUCUUGUCAAAUUUGAUUUGAUUAACUCUAAAGUUUGGAGGAAUCGCUGGUGGGCGUAAAAGCUAUAUGAGACUGGGUUUUUCUGUUAUCACAGAACCAGUGACCGAAAGUAUUACGACGUCUGCCUUUUAAAAUGCCACUGACGUCAUACACUUUUUUUUUUUUUUUAAAUGCUUGAUUCAGGAUGUUACUUUCUAGUCUAUUUUUUUUUUUAAACGAUAAUGGUAGCGUUAAGUUUUAGUUUAUUCUUUUUUUUAAUUCUUUUUAUUCUUUAGUUUUUUUAUUCUUUUUUCUUUUUACAUAUGUCGGUACUUUGUUAAAUCAGUAGGAUAUCCCCAAUUAUGGAUUUAAAUUUUUUGUACACAGGAUGCAGUCAGUGAAAGUGGAUGCGCGUGCAUACUUUUGUGCGUGCCGUUGAAACGACGUCACAGUUCCGGGUCUACAGCAUGACUGGGCAGAGCUAGGCUGGUGACAUUUCCAGCGUUUUAUUUACUAUCGAUUUCAGGAGAAAAAAAAAUCUACUUAAUUUCCAACUGUUCUUAUGUAUAGAGAUGCAGUAAUCCUUUUUUCAUUUCGGUUUAGGACAAAUACUACAGGACAAAUAUAGUUGACCGUUUCUAAGAUGUUCACUACGUUAGAUUGACCGUUUCUAAGAUGUUCACUACGUUAGUUUGAUUACUUUUCCUCAUAAGUAUCUUGCAUGCCUCUUGUCUUGGUUGCUAUGCCUUUUCUGUAGUCGGUAAUAAAGUCACUGUAUAUUUGUACCCAA